AUGGACAAACAGGCUGCACGUGAACGCUUCUUGAACACCUUCUCCCAGUUGGUCGAGGAGCUCAAGGAUAUCCUCGUCGGCUACAACAUGCCCCAGGAGGCCGUCGACUGGUUUGAGGCGUCGCUCAACUACAACACCCCCGGCGGUAAGCUCAACCGUGGUUUAUCGGUCAUCGACACUUACUGCAUCUUAAACGGCACCACCGCCACCGAGUUGGACGACGCCAAGUACAAGAAGGUCGCCCUCUUAGGGUGGUGCAUCGAGUUGUUGCAGGCGUACUUUUUGGUCGCUGACGACAUGAUGGACCAGCUGAAGACGAGACGGGGCCAGCCGUGCUGGUACCUUAAGGAAGGGGUGGGCAACAUUGCCAUCAACGACUCGUUCAUGUUGGAAGGCGCCAUUUACGUGUUGCUCAAGAAGCACUUCCGCCAGGACUCGUACUACGUCGACUUGUUAGACUUGUUCCACGAGGUGACGUUCCAGACGGAAUUGGGUCAAUUAUUGGACCUUGUCACUGCUGAUGAAGAAGUUGUUGACUUGAGCAAGUUCUCGUUGCAAAAGCACUCGUUUAUUGUCAUCUUUAAGACGGCUUACUACUCGUUCUACUUGCCCGUGGCGUUGGCGAUGUACAUGAGCGGCAUCAACUCCGACGAGGACUUGAAGCAAGUGCGUGACAUUUUGAUCCCCCUCGGUGAAUACUUCCAGAUCCAAGACGACUACUUGGACUGUUUCGGUACCCCGGAGCAGAUCGGCAAGAUCGGCACCGAUAUCAAGGAUAACAAGUGCUCGUGGGUGGUGAACCAAGCCCUUCUUAAGGCGACCCCAGAACAACGUAAGCUUCUCGACGAAAACUACGGUAGAAAGGAUGACGCCUCGGAAGCUAAGUGCAAGCAAUUGUUCCAAGAAAUGGGUAUCGACAAGAUCUACGAAAACUACGAAGAAGAUAUCGUCGUCAAAUUGAGACAAAAGAUCGACCAGGUCGACGAGUCGAGAGGGUUGAAGAAGGAAGUGUUGACCGCGUUCUUGAACAAGGUCUACAAGAGAUCGAAGUAA